AUGCAAGAUGAGAGUCGGAUCACAGACAUGCUCGAGCAGUUAAUAUAUGCACUCUUGUACCCAACUAGCCGCGUUGAUAUUGCCAACUCGUUGCUUUACGCAAGCUGCUUCCCUGAUCGAAUCUUUCUACGUACCAAAGAUGAUGGAGGCGGUGCCCGUACAGAAACUAGGGACUGGGUGGAUGGAGAUGGGUUCGUGACCCUACACAGUCCGUUGAUGUCAACUUCAAGUCUCAACUGGCCCAUGCAUGUUGGACGCAAAGUCCCGGCGACCCUCGCCAGAGGUUACCGACACACUGACCUGGGCAGAACCCGACCCGUCCCUGUCCUGUACAGUCGCAUCCUCGGCGGGACUGGUCAGCCCCAGGUCACCCCUCCUUUCCCGCAACUGGACAGACCCGAGGUGAUCAAGGGACUCUGGGUGGUUCCGCAGUCCUGCCAUACACAAACUUGCCCGAUAUUUGCUGACCGGUACGGAGCCCAAUGCUCUCACUCUCUCCAUGGCCUCAACAAUGGCAUCAUGGACAUGCCCUGGUCCCAGACUUUUGAAUGA